GCGAAAAUGAAUUAAGGCCGGCUUUUAUCCAUCUUUCUUAGCAUUUCGAUACAACUCACUCUUUCCCACUUUCCCAUGAUCAUGACAUACAAGGGGAGCUAGCAAAGGGGUCGAGAUGAGGGGACCACCCAGAUGAAUAAAAGCCGAAUCUAAAAAAUCAAGCGAACGGAUUCUAUGUUAGCGCGAGGCAACACCGUAGCAGCUAUGGAAGAUGCUGGCGCGUCUUCUCCAGUUGGAGGGGAGGGACAGUUGGAAAGUGCAGUUCCUAGACCCAGUGUGCACCCGGACAGUCUGUGUUCUGGCGCAGAGGAUCCUAUGGAAGCCUGUUGGACGACUCGCGAUGCAGAAUGGCGCCAGAUCACUUUCCAUUCCCUCGUUUCCCUGCUUAUCCUAAAGGAAAUGCAAUUUGAUCCGGAAGCUUCGCUACUCUUGCUACCUGCUUUCUUUUAUCUCUCCCAUGCUCACGGAGGCAAGGACUACGGCGUGAACGUGGAUCAGACGAGAUUGACGAGAAAUGAAUUAUUGCGGGAAUUUCUGUUGCCAGUAGAGAAAAACCGUCCGGACGAUAGAGAUCAAUCUACAGGCAAGUUUCGGCCUCCCGACGUCACAAAACAGGAAAGAACGGAAUUGAGGUUGGUUCGUUUGACCAUUUCGGGCGCCGACUUGCUACGGCUGGUGUACGAAAGUGAGACCUUUCAUAGAGGCACGUCGAGUUACUUGCAGUACGACUGGUCGAAAAUCUGCGUGAACGACAUGACAGACUUAAACCUGCCGAAAGUAGACGAUCGCACAGCCAAGAAAGCGCAAUUACCAGGUUUCGCGCCUCCUGCCACGGCUUCUUUCAGGACUCCCAAAAAGGGUAGCUCCAAGGCCGGUGGUGGAAUCGGUGCAGGCCGCCACGGAGGAGCGAUGGGCCAGAUCACCAAAAUCUUAGGUGUCAGAGGUCCUAAGGCAGGCACAACAUCAGGGGCAGGCAUGAUGUUACCAGGAGGGGCAGAUGGUGAGGACCAAGGCUUCGGUGAAGGAGCAGGAGGUCUUCUGCCACAGCAUACCCUUCUUACAACGAGUCUCGGUAGUUCUACGGUAGCGAUGCGUCGUCGGGAGGCUGAAGCUGCGGCGGCGGCCGAAUUAGCCGAACAAGAGGCGAUCUACGACGAGAUAGGGGAGGACGAAAUCAACAUGGCCGUUUUAGCGGGUAACGAAGAAUACGUGGCAGAGUUCUUGGAUGCGAAAGGCGGCCUCCUCGAAUUUCCGCCGUCUGGCGUUAGUUCCGACGUUUCUGGUUAUGAUCCGGACGAAAGGAACCUCGAAUUCGCGUCUUCUUCUGACAGAGAUGAAAAAGAGGACGACAGAACAUCUUCAAGCGGAAUUAUGGCUCCCCCUAUAAUCCUCCAUCUCGUCUUCUAUAGACAAGGACAUCCCUCAAGCAGCAUAUCCAUAUGCACCACCCAAAUAGAAGUAUGAUACUGACGCAUAUGCUUGAGGGAUUUGUCCAGAGGGGGAUGAGUAGGGGUUUAGGGUUUAGGGUCUAACGGAAGCACUGAUGGAGAAAGUUCAGGCUCACCUGCUGCAUCUGGUGCGAUCGAAGACGACGGGGAUCAAGAUGAUGAAGAAGGACAACUUAUUUCUUCCAAAAAGAACAAGAAGAAGAAAAGAAAGAAGCGAGCAAAUCGAGGUGACAAAGAUGAAGAAGAUCUUGGAGAAGGUGGAGCUGCAAAUGCUGGAAGGGAGGAGCAACAACAAGGUGGAAAUACAGGAGACUUGCUUCUACCUCCUGGUGCUUCGGACACAGAGACCGAGGAUCGGUAUGACCCGAACGCACCUUUGAAAACAGUGGUGCCUUCGGAUUUUCAAAUUCUCACUGUUUUCGGCGAACCCUUCGACCGUAGGCGGUUUUACAAUGUGGUGGUCCCAGGAUCCCUAUUGUUGCAC